ACAAUACGGGAGAGAAAGUGCCCUCUGCCAGCAUGUGCUACUUUGCAGUGGAAAAAAAUCCUCCUGUGUAUUGUUGAGGUGCCUAUUUGCCAGUAGGGGUGAUCAUCAGUUUUGCGUAUAGAAACAGCGUCGUCCUUCCCCCCACCGCCUUUUUUUAACUUCUAGCAGAAGUGCGGAUGUGAGUUGCAUAUUGAUACGGAACAGGCCGCCAGUUUUUUUUUUUUUUUUUUGUAGCAAUGCGUGCUUAGGCAAUGAUCAUUUUGUGGAGCUAUGAAUCCAGAGGAGCAGACAGUAACGUGGUUAAUAUCCCUAGGAGUGCUCAGCUCGCCUAAAAAGAACAUAGCGGACCCCGAGGAGUUUCUGAAAACAUCGUUAAAGGAUGGGGUCGUCUUGUGCAAGCUCACGGAGCGGCUCAUACCUGGCUUCACUCCCAAGUAUUGCCAGGAACCGAGGACUGAAGCCGACUGCCUUUCCAACAUCAGGGAGUUUUUAAGAGGAUGCUCGACCCUGAAAGUGGAGGGGUUUGAACCAGAGUGGUUAUACACUGGCGAGAAUUUUGGCAAGGUACUGACCACUUUGCUGGCAGUCAACUUCGCCACACAAGACUGUGCUGCUGAGAGGUCAUGUACGCAGUCCGGUGCCUCCUCUCCUAGUCAGUCGACAUCUUCACACACACUUGCCAAAUCCAAAGGCUCUCUGCGUAGGCAGUCCAAAUCAGUGGAGAUGUCUGAGAACGGUGGAGGUGGGCAGCAGAUGGUGAAGGCCCGCUUCAACUUCAAGCAGAACAAUGAGGAUGAGCUGUCCUUCAAUAAAGGUGACAUGAUCCUGGUGACGCGGCAGGAGGAGGGAGGAUGGUGGGAGGGGUCGCUCAAUGGCAAAACGGGCUGGUUCCCCAGUAACUACGUCCGGGAGAUCAAACCCUGCGAGAAGACAGUGUCUCCUAAAGGAACUCAGCUGACCAAGAACUACUACAGCGUGGUUGUACAGGACAUAUUGGAACAUGAGCGGGAGUUUGUCAAGGAAUUGCAAACAGUGCUGAGUUGUUAUCUACGACCCCUCCAAACCAGUGACAAGCUGAGCAGUGCAGACAGCGCCACCUUGUGUGGAAACCUGGAGGAGAUCCUCACCUUCCAGCAAGGACUAUGUGUGGCUUUAGAGGACUGUACAAAAGUCUCAGAGGGCCAGCAGCGAGUGGCGGGCUGCUAUUUAAACCAGAUGUGUCAGAUCAAGACCCUGUACAUGGCUUACUGUUCCAGCCACCCGUCAACUGUUUGCAUCCUCACUGACCACAGUGAGGAGCUAGACAAGUUCAUGGAGAGCCAGGGAGCCAGUGCUCCAGGGAUCCUGACCCUGACCACCAGUCUCAGUAAGCCCUUCAUGAGGCUCGACAAAUACCCCACCCUGCUGCAGGAGCUGGAGAGACAUGUGGAGGAAGCCCACCCAGACUAUGUUGACAUUGUAAAGGCAACAGCCGCAUUUAGGGGCCUAGUGACGCAGUGCCAGGAUCUGCGGAAGCGCAAGAACCUGGAGCUCCAGAUUUUGUCAGAACCAGUGCGGGCCUGGGAGGGAGACAGCAUGAAGAGCCUGGGUCACGUGGCCUACAUGUCUCAGGUCCACGUGAAAAACGGAUCCAGUGAGGAAAAAGAGGAGCGCUAUCUAAUGCUUUUCCCCAAUGUGUUAGUCAUGCUUUCUGCCAGUCCCCGGAUGAGUGGCUUUAUUUAUCAGGGACGACUGCCCCUGACAGGCACCACAGUAACAAGACAUGGGGAGGAUGCAGACAAUGCCCACUAUGCCUUUGACAUCACAGGAGGCAUUAUCGACCGUAUUACAGUGUUCUGUAGCAGUGCCCAGGAGUUACAGGAGUGGCUAGAGCACCUUCAGCCCUUUACCAAAGGUGUCAGCCCUGCAGGCACCAUCUCAAAGACUGUAGAAGGCAAGCCGCUGAGCAUGGUCGGUACCCCCACUCACCUGCCCCUCCCGGGCAACCUCAGUGUUGUCAGUCGUGGCCCCCUAGAGCCACCGAAGAUCAGCAAGCCCUGGUCUCUCAGCUGCCUGCGUCCUGCACCUCCCCUCAAGCCCUCUGCUGCCCUGGGAUACAAAGAGAGGAUGUCUUAUAUCAUGAAGGACUCCAGCAAGAGCCCGCGGCCCAUGAAGAAGUUCCUGCCAGGCAACAGGAAGAAAGACCGCAAGCCCUCUGAUGACGAGGUUCAGACUAGGAAAAGCACAGCCGCCCUGGAGGAGGACGCUCAGAUACUGAGGGUGAUUGAGGCGUACUGCACGGGAGCCAGCCUGCACCAGACCACCACAGCGGUGCGGAAAGAGUGUGUCCCUCAGGUGCUUCUGCCAGAGGAAGAGAAGAUCAUUGUGGAGGAGAUGAAGAGCAACGGCCAGACGGUUAUUGAGGAAAAGAGCCUGGUUGAUGCUGUGUAUGCUUUAAAGGAUGAGGUUCAUGAACUGAAAAAGGAGAAUAAAUGGAUGAAGCAGUUUCUGGAGGAGGAGCAAAAGUCUCGCAAAGAGCUGGAGAGAGUGGUUCGAAAACUGGCCAAGCAGAAGAAUGAUUGUACUUGGGAUGACGGCAGCCACUGAACACAUCCAUACGACCAUCCUCGUUCUAGUGUGGCUGUGUGUAUGUGUGUGUAUGGGUACAUUUAUGUAUGCAUGCUUGUGGAGGGGUCAGGUGUGUAUGUGUGUGUAUUUGUCUAUCCAUAUCUUGUCUUCAUAUUUCAAUCACGCAUAGCAGAGUUGGACCUGCCUCUCUGACGAUGAUGCUUGGGAGUUUCUUCGCUUCAAGUGCUGGAGCUCGAUGUGACGUUUCGAUGAAAUCUUACUCUGUCUUCCUGAUCCAGCCUCACUAGAUGAGACCACACAUAUGCCUCUUCAUGAAGCAGCUCAGCUAAACUAAGACUGAUCCCGUGGGAUGUUUUGUCAAAACAUACGGCCUCUUGGCGACUGGCACUGUGAACACUCCCCAGCAAACCCAACAAUUUUGGACAAGAACAAAACAAGUUCUCUGCUGCUUCUUUCGCUUCUGUUGGAAAUAGAAAAGGAGUACAAAGCCAUCCAAGUCCAAUAGGUGUUCUCCUGCAUGCACUUCUGUUACAAAGCGGACUUAUUUUCUUCCCUUCACAUCAUGACUUUGUAACUGUUAUGUUGUAUUUGUCACAAAGACGCCCAAUUGGGAAAUGGAUUAAUUGAGCUUUCAUGAGCUUGUGCAUUUUUGUAAGAUUCUAGACAUUCAUAAUUCAAGUUUCCAGGCUGUUUUUGUUGGUGUUUAAACAAUCCAAACAGGUUUGCUCAUCCUUCAGUUGUUUCCAAAUGCAGCCCUUCACUGUUUAUUUAAAAAAAAAACUUGCAUGAAUGUACAGUGUUUCUACAGUAUGAAUUCUGCAUCAGAAAUGUGAUAAUCAAGAUAUAUAGUCCAAAGCUAUCAGGGAUGCAGCUGCAUAAUAGAAUAGAAAAAGCUAAACUAUGUAUCAUUUAUUAUACAAGAGUAUGCAAAUAAUGACAAAGAUGUCAACCCUACUCUACUUCUUACUAAAAUGUAUUCAAGUAUCAUUUUAACAUAUUAAUUACAUAGCCUUGCUUUAUUUUGGAUUUUUUUUUUUAAUCUUCUUUAUUUAUUGUUCACCCAAGCAUUUAAUUGUGAUUUUAGCCUUAUAGAUAUAAUUUUGCUGCCUUUACAUCAGUCUGGAAUUUUAUGAAACUACACUGAUGUGUAAAGACAAAAACAAAUAUCCUUGUUUCCUGUGUUUUCACCACAAAAGAGGAAGAAUUAUGAAAUUUAAUAAUGAGUCUGAAUGAGAAUUCAGAGGUUUUUGUUUGCAGCCUCUCAGCAGGCUCCUGCAGAGCUGAUGGAUACAGACUGAGGAAAUAAACAGAGGCAGAUUUGUUUGUGGGUGUAGAGUAGAGCUCAACUGUUUAAGUGCCUCCCGAAGGGGUCGAUAAACUUAAAAAAAGAGUUUAAGACCAGACUGGGACUAAAUGCAUGAUUUAUGAUAUUGAAAGUGUAACAGAUGGUUUGUUGUAAUAUUUCAAGAAGAAUGGCUCAAGCUUAAUGGGUAUAUAUAUAUCGGGUCUGAAUAACAUACAGGGCUUUGAAUGGUAUUUAAGGACCCACAGCGGUACAUUUCCUCAUGAGGUUUAGUGUGUGUGCACUGUCAACACUGUUAUCUACUCUUGCUGCACUGCAGAGCAGCAGUAGAUGCUAGUGAAAUGCAAUAAGUGACUGCUUUAUUGGCUGACCUCUGGGUUAGACUCAGCAUGGUGGGCCAGAUCUGGAGAAUUGCAAUAAUAAUGAAUGAAUUAACCCAAUUUAUUAACCAAAAAGGGCCAAGACCAUGUGGUUCAGCCACCACACAGUUAGGCUAUUCGUUGUUUUCCAUUUGCCUUUUGUUUAAUCAAGUCUCUUGGUAUUGAUGAUUGUUUAAAGGUCACUGACCAGGUCCUAAUUUCCAUCACAAAUGAUGCAAAAUGUAAUAAUAUUGUAAUACUGUACAAUCCUUGUCUGCGAAGUGCAGUUUUUGAGUGCACCUCUAUUACAAGGAGGUCAGAGCACUGUGCAGGGUACAAGGCAGCACUGGCACAUCUGCAGCAGAGUCGGUGUCUUGCUCAAGGGCACUUUAGCGAGGAAUAACUGCUUGCUCGGGUGCUGACCUUUUAGUUGCUAUUCCUGUUGGGACACUUACAGAGAGUCUGCUUCCUGUACAGAUGUGUGACUGUCUCAACAUAUGUUCGCUGUUGAAAUUAAUAUUAUUGCUGUUCCCGUGAUCUAAAUCGUUUUCAUUAAGUACCACAUACUCUAGUUUUCAAUUCCCAAAAUCCUCAGUGAGCACUUACUGGUGGGAGGGGGGUUGAACUCCGGUUUCGUCUUGUUCAUCUUGUCUCCAAACCACUGUGUGUAUUGUUUUUGAGAGGUUGUUCUAUGCAAUUGUUGUUGCAAGUAUUGUAAUGCUUUGUUUUUCUAGACACUCUGUACUUUGUGUUUGGUAUGGUCAUUCUUUUAUUAAAAAUUUAAUAUAAUAA